GAAUGGUGGUAGUGGUGACGGGGGCUGCUGCAUUGCUGCUCUUUUUAUAUUUGGAAACUCCGAAAGAAUCUCAGCUGGCUCUCAUGUGCCGCCUUCGUCCAAUAAAACAGAAGAGGGCCUGCCUGCAAAUCGACUAAUCUUGGGCGAGGUGUCAAUCAUGUUCAUUCAGCGGUUGAAGUGCGGGUUUUGGUAACCGCCUCCUUUACGCUUGGAAGGGAGACGAAGGAGGGAGCUUUCUUCGGAUCAAAGGCUGGUGUGGCGCUGUUGCCGUAGGAUGUGCAGAGUGCAGCCUGCUGCUUUCUUUACGGACGCUUCUUGUAUCGUCUGGAUAUCUCUGAUUUCUGGAUUAUAAAUACAUUUGAUGGUUUUCAAUCCCAACUCAAUGCAGAGAAAUGGGUAAACUUCACUCGAAACAUGCUGCGAUUUGUAAACCGAGGGAAAGUCCGGAGGGCGACAGUUUUGUAGUUAAUGCCUGUUUGGCAAGGAAAGGAAUUGACGAUUGGCUCGUGAAACAGAAAUACUAUUGCACGGGUUCGCGGCUUGAGCAACAGGACUGUCACCACACGAAUAAGUGCGGCUUGUCUACUCGGGAUGUGUUGGACAAGGCGUGUGCAGAGGGGAUCAGUGAUGAACAUUACCGUUUAGAAGUGGCUCUGCCCCCGGAGAAGACGGUGGACAGUUGCUGUGUGGAGGAGAAGAUGCAGGGGAGAGCAAACCAGGCGCCCACAGGCACACAGAAACAGCUCCAGUUUGAAGAGCUUGAGUGUGCCGUCUCUGUAGAGGAAGACAACAGACAGGAGUGGACAUUCACGCUGUAUGAUUUUGACAACAAUGGCAAGGUCACCAGAGAGGACAUCACCAGCCUGCUCCACACCAUCUAUGAGGUGGUGGACACGUCAGUCAACCAUUCCCCCAGCAGCAGCAAGACACUGCGGGUCAAGCUCUCCGUGGCCCCCGACUCCAGCCAGCGCUGGCAGAGCUGCACACAGGGCACCGCAGACAUGCCCCACCCCAGAACGAAGACUGACAAGUGCAUUGAAGACCUUAAAAGUGCAGAGAAGAAGUCUCGAGCCCUCCUCAGGCGCCAUCACAGUGACCACCACACUAUCCAGCACCAGGUUCUGAUCCAGCAGGGUCAGAGUCAGAGCUGCCAGCGCCACUGUGUGGAUGAGAACCUGGAGCGCAGGAACCACUACCUAGACCUGGCCGGCAUCGAGAAUUACACAUCCCGCUUUGGAGCAGCCCCCACCACAGAGCCUGUGAAAGCAGAGCCACAGACCCGACCAUCGAACCAGACCAGGUCUCGCUCUCAUGAACCAGAGAAUGGCCACACCUACUCCCACCACCGUCGCUCACAGGUGGCCAUGGAGAGCAGCGCCGCCCCAGGCCCUGACACCCUUUGUCCCCCACGACCGAGUAAAGACUCAGGUAAACACGCCCUGCGCUCCCCCAAGACCCACAGCCGGACACACCCCACACAGACCACCACGGGCAGGGUGAUGAGGAGCAGAGGGGCCCCACCUCCCCCGGCCCUACCCAGCCAGGCCCCCCCUCACCAGUCCUCAGCCCCCUACCGCAAGCACAAGCAGAGGGCCAAGGAGGACCAGCAGCAGUCCCGGGCCCUGGGGGCUCCAGUGGGGCCUGUGGUGGAGAAGGAGCAGGUGAGGGUCCUACCCAGUGUGCUCCUCUAUGAAGGAGGGCUGGCCCAGAUGGUUCAGAGGCAUGAGCAUCAUCACCACCAUGAACACCACCACCACUACCACCACUUCUACCAGUCCUGAGCCAGCCAGCUCCCUGCCCUGCUGCCCCUGGCCCCUGAGCACCUUCUCACAGUCCUUCUCACUUCUCACAGAGGAGUUGGACAGACAGGGAGAGGUGCAGGUUGAAGAGGGUUAUUAUGGGGCUGUCCAGGCAUAAAGAGUCCCUGUGAGGCAGCGGGACAGUGUCUUGGUCUUCAGGUGUGCCAGGAACCAGGAGCAGGACACUGCAGAGGGAUGUAACAGGGGAGCCUGAGAGGAACAGAAGGAGAAAAGAGACUUUGCUGUAGUCCUCCAGAGGACUCCUCUCAUCCCUCUCUGUCUGUCUAGUUCUCUGAAACCCCCUACUCUGAUGGACUAGGUGACUUUACGAAGCCAUACUGGCACUGCCAUCCUCACAGACCUCUACGUUUUGGGGAAGGGGAUUCGGAGGUGAAGGGCUGGUUUGGAUGGAAAGACUGAUGUAAAAAGAUCAAAUAUAUGAUGCUCAGUGUCCAGUGAGUUUGUGUUCGAGGGAGAGACUGCGUGUGUGUGUGUGUGUGUGUGUGUGUGUGUGUGUGUGUGUGUGUGUGUGCGAAAGAAAAAAAUAUACACACAUUUGUGUGUCUGAAUAUACAGUGUGUGUGUGUGUGAGCAUGUGUGCAUUGGUUCAUAUGAAUAUUUGUGUGUGUGUGUAUAGUGUCUGUGUGCAUGUAUUACCUGUCUGCUGUGACACCCCUGUCGCCACUGAAAACCACUUGAAAAGCACUUGUGGGUGCAGUUGCAUUGGAGACACUUUGGGCUGUCAGAACAGAGGGCUGACAGGCAUCGGCUGGAUAUGAUGAAGACAAGAUCAUCCAGCUCCUGAAUCUCACAUGCAAUACAGGACCCUCCCUGAGAGAACGAUGUUGAAAUGUUCAGUGAGAAUAGAAGACUGUAAUCAGCUGCUACCUCUAGUGUUAUUAAUGGUGUUAUUAUUAUUGUUAUUAAUCAGAUGUUAUUUUUCAGUUACAUUUUGUUGUAUUUUUUUAAAGAUGAUACAAUCUGCAGUAAUGUAGUGUUGAAACACUCCUACAUGUUUUACCUACAUAUUGUAUGGACAUAUAUUAUCAACAUUAUAAGAUUUAUUUAUAAUGUGAUGUUUGUAUCAACAAUCUACAUUUAUUUCUCACUCAACCCCAUUUUCCCGAUGUACCCUGUUGAAUGCACACUAUAUAUACAAUUUAGACCAUCAAAGAUACAAAUCUGACUCCCCCUAAUGUCACCACCGAAUAUCACCACACCCAGUUCUUUCACACCAAUGGUCAGUGUACACCUUCUCAAUUACAUCUCUGCCUUCUGAACAGUGUCUGUCUAAUCGUUGUGGUUAGCAGUUCACAGUAAAGCUCUUUCUCAUUAGCUGAAUCAUAAGUAUGUAGUGGUUGACAUUCCACAGCAGUCCCAUUAUCCUCCAGGUCUGAUCAUAACACAUGACCCUAACCGCUGUCCCCUCAUGAGGCAUCCCCCUGUCCCCAGCUGUCAGCACCUGUUUCACCAGGCCGCCCUCACGCCAUGUGUCCCCAGCACUCAGGCAACAAGGCUCUGUUUAUGAUGCUGGCUGGGUGGGCUGGGCCGGGGUGGAGGCUCUCAGCUGUCUGUCUCAUUCCUCUGGUGCGAGGUGACACCAGGCCCAGCCCCUAGGCUCCACCAGGACCAUAACUCACCCUGCUGAAGGCCUGCUGUUGGGACCGGCAGCUCAAACCAUGCAAGACCUCUCAGAUCCUCUCCCACCCUAGGUGAACCAUCAGAGCCCUACACCACUGUUUACCACUGUCAUUAUGGUAUGCCUGCAUCAAGUCCAGGAGCUCCUGACUGAGUAUCAUCUGGUCAGGGUAAAGAGGACAAUACUGUAAUCAGCAAUGUUCCCUCUAUUUUUUUCGUUACUGAGCACAUUUCAGGUCUGCUGAGCACAAACUUGAACGUUGUGAAAAUUCUAAGCGUGUUUAAUGUGAACACUGAGGCAUCGUUAUUCACAUACCAUUAUUACAGGGAAUCAGGCAAAAUAUGCUGCCCUCUGCCUAUUGGCUACACUGCUCCUUUAAGACAUAUGUCUAGAAAUGCACACGUUUUGUGCCCUUGUAGGAAGUAAUCACUCCCCCAUUACUGACUACAAAUGAUCUAUAACUGGGCUAAUAACUGACGCCCGCACUCUCGCACAUCUUAGAGGGAACAUUGGUUGUCAGUAUGAGCUAAUAGACCUCGCUACUGGCUAUGCGUUGUGAGCAGGUGUGAAGAGUUCAUGAAUUCCCCUACAGGUGUGUUGAACCUCACACCAGGUGUGUAGACAUCAAAGCCAACUUUCCACUCUGGGUCAUGUCUAGGUUUAGAGCUUUUACUACAAGUUUCUGUUAGUGUGUGUUUUGGGUCAGUUGAGGGAAUCUGGUGCAUUCCAGUCUUGUCCUGAGCUCCAGUGCUUCCUUCUCUCACAUAGCUGCAGACUGUCCAUUAGCAGAGGCAUCAGUCAAGCUGGCCUCACCACGGGACACAGUCACCCACCUCAGCCACCCGCAAGGGGAACACAGCUGCACCCCAUUCCUCAGCCCCGCUCUGCGAUCUGCUUGGCGCUGGCAUCUGCCAGGCCUAGCAUGGCAGCACCCCAUCUGACAGGGCCCAUCUCAACACUAUAACUCAUGUUGUAGUCUUCACACCACAGCUAAACUGUGUGUGUGUGUGUGUGUGUGUGUGUGUGUGUGUGUGUGUGUGUGUGUGUGUGUGAAGGUGUCUGCAGUGAUCCCCUCAGACAGACACCGUGGGUAAUAGGCAGGGAUCUGCUUGGGUUCUCAUCCUCAGUUAAACUCCCUCCCCCCAACACCACAGACACUAGACGAAUGGUGCCAUGUGCCUCUAGAGUACUGUGGUAUUAGUGGGGCAGUGCUGGAACAUAUAUCUCUAUGGUGUGUCUGAAAUGGAGCCCUAUUCCCUAUAUAAUGUACAACUUUUGAACAGGGCCCAGGGUCUGGUCAAAAGUAGUGCACUGUGCCUCUUUAAAGGGACACUCCAGCUUCACCGGCAUCUAAAGUUCUGCUCCAGAAUGCUCCACUGUAUCUUCAUCUGUAAAUGUAUUCAGUUUUGGUAUUUACAGACGAGACUGAAUUAAAUGUUCUCAUUGUAUUCCAUCACUAAGUUAUGUUUUGUCAAAUUAAUGUAUCUACGUGUUAAACUAAUGUAAAUAGUAUAUGGACUGCAGAAAGGUUAUACCAGUAUCGUGUAGAAGGAAUAAACGUAUUUAUAAUAAUUGAAUGAUUGAGCGAAUAUACAGUAUUUCUGCCAAGCUAUCACACUUGCCUGCUAUUUUGUCACUUCUCUACAGAGUCUGCUGUGCCAAUCAGUGCUAGCAGGGAAGGAUAGUUGUCUCUUUUUCUCUCACUUCCUUCACUUCUUCUUGGUGAUUGUUGUAAAUGAAACAUGUCUAACACUUGCUGUUCAGUUCCUCAAUAGCAGACCAGACCCUUUCUCUCUUUUCCCUAAUGGCUUUUUCAUGACUUUGUUUAGUUUAUAUAGACUGUUUUUGAUUAAUUGCUUUAUUUAUUUGAUAACAGAACUGUGCCAAGGGAGAAACCCUUUCAUUAAAGUAUGAACCUGUUCCCUAGAAUA